AUGGCGGCUCAAAACGAUGGUCAAGGAAUUGCGGUACCAUUUACCAGCCGGCUGGCCCAACCCCUGCAGCUGGGGCAAACCAUCCAAAUGCAAGGAAAAAUUCUGCCAGAUGGGAAGAGGCUCGAGCUCAACUUGUUGAAGGGUGAUUCCAAGAUUGCUCCUGGACAAGGGCAGGCCUGCCUUCACGCCAACAUUCGCAUCGACGAAAAGGCCGUUGUGCUCAACUCGUUCCUGGAUGGAAAGUGGCAAAAUGAAGAGCGCGUUGGCAACCCGUUCGUUGCGGGCGAGCCAUUUGAUCUGCGCAUUCGGUGCAUGGAAGAUCAUUUUGAGCUCCGGUUGAACGGCGAGAAAGUGCACGAGUUCAAGUACCGCUGUCCUUUCGAGGAAACCGAAUUUUUGCAGGUCAAGGGUGACUGCACGCUCGAUGGUGUCCACUGGGGCGGCAAGCAGUAUAAGCUCCCGUGGGUGACGGCAUUCAAGGAGCAGAAGCCAUUGAAGCCGGGCAGCAAAAUCCAACUAUAUGUCGUCCCACGCGGCGAUCGCUGGAAUAUCGAUUUCAUCGCUCGAAACCAAGAUAUUCUAUUCCAUUUCAACCCGAGGAUGAAGGAUCAAAAGUUGGUCCGCAACGCGCACAAGGGAGGAUUCUGGAUGAAGGAAGAAUUGCCGUUCGAAGGGGAUUUCCCGUUCCAGAUCGGACAGGGAGCCGCAAUUUCAUUUUUGAUGGAGCCGGAGGUGUUCCAGGUGGAAAUCAAUGGAAAGCCGACCUGUACCUUCAAGCAUCGGGCUAAUAACCCGUUAGAAGACUACAUUGGAUUCCGUGUGGACGGAGAGGUCGAAGUCUCAUCGAUGGAUUUCCACUACCCAUCCGAG